AUGGAUGACAGUGAAAGAUUAUUUCAAUGGGCUAUUACCGAAUACGAAUUGAUCGAUAUUCCUAUAGGAAGAUUAAAAAAUAAGAAAAGGAUAGGAAAAGGAGCAUUCGGUUACGUGUAUAAAUGCAAUAUUGACGGAGCUUCUAGAAUGGUGGCAAUAAAAGAAAUAACUCUUGGCGACAAAGAUGGCGAUACAUCUAUUACAUCCUUCCUUAAUGAGUUAAAAUUACAUAGCAGGGCCAAAAACCAUCGUAUUAUUGAGUUAUUUGGAAUGGGCUAUGAUAAAAAUCAAGAUAUAUGCUACCUUGUGAUGGAACUUGCCGAGUAUCAUUUAAGGGAGUAUUUAACAAGCAAAAGAGACGAACUUCGAUGGGAUAAAAAAAUAGAACUCGCAACUCAAUUAACAGAGGGAUUGUCUUACAUUCAUAAAGUGAUGAAUGUAGCACACCGUGAUUUG